GUCAACGGUUCGUGGCGGAGAGAUUCUCGAUAGAUAGUGCCCGCUGCAAUUAUCUCUGUUUCUCACAUUUCAUUUGGGUUUAUGCGUUUGAUGGUGAAUGAAUGAUUGAAUCUAUCAAAAUCUCUCCCAACUACCACCCGCCGCUCCUCCACCACCGCUCGUUUCCCCAAUUUUCCAUUAUUAGGCAUUCUCUGAUCCGUAACCCUCUUCCUGCGUUCUCCCCAUUUUCUUCCUCCGUCGUCAAAAUCUCCCUCUCCUCCUCCCCGAAGAUCUAGGGUUUCGGCCGGGACUGCCCCUGCGCACCACCAGACUCCGCUGCUCCGAUUCCGGGGCGCGAUUUCCGUUCCAAUCAUGAGGAAGCAGGCCAAGAGGAAGAAGAGCCGUCCCUCGAAUCCAAAACCUGCGGCGGGAACGGCCACGGGCGUACGGCCGAGCCCCCAGGAGGAAGAACGGAAGAUCCUGGGCGCGCUGAUGGAGGCGUUUGACUCGGCCUCGAUCGACGACGCGGCCGCCGCGUACAAGGAGGCCAACGGUGACGUUAACAGGGCUGCCGAGAUUUUGACCACGAUGACCGAUAAUACCGACGUGUCGAGCGGGGUUUCGGGAUUCGACACCGGGUCUGGAUCCGGCAGUUCCUGCAGUUCUGCUUCGAGUUCUGGCUCUUCGGAAGGGUCCAUGGAAGGGCAUUUGAUCAGUGGGGGAAAGGGGUUUCGAGGGAAUAACAAGCAGAAGAAAGUGGUGGCAGUUACCGGGACGGUUUCGACGUUGCUGGGGAAGGAGUAUGUUAAGGCCAGCCAGAGAAGGGAUUCCUCGAAAUCGAAGGAGUUUGGUAAUGGUGCCCCAGACCGAGAAGAUGCCGCGCAGUUCCUCUGUUCCAUGCUUGGUGAAGAUAGCGAGCUGAACCUGGCGGUUGUCAGAGACGUUCUAUGCCAAUGUGGUUACAACGUUGAGAAGGCCAUGGAUGCCUUGAUUGAUCUAUCCGCAUCAACCUCCGAGCAAUCUAGUAAUUGCAGCAAAAAGCAAUAUACUUAUUACGCCGACAAUUUCAUAGACAAGGCUUCUGAUUGCACUUCUUAUUCAUCUGAAAGCGAUCUCCAUGAGAGUGUGUGGGACUAUGGUUACAGGAAUUAUGCUCAAGUCCUCACUAAUUCAGAAGCUCCAUCUCCAUCUGUCCCAAAAAUUAGCAAAUCAGAACUUCCCCAAAAGGUGCUGGAUUCUUUGUACAGCAUUACAGAGAGUUCCAAACAUGAACCACACUCUAUGAAUUGGAAGAAAAUAGUAAAGAAAAUGCAGUCACUUGGGCCUGUUGAUGUGCCUCUACUUAGCGAUGAUGCUUCUGAGCUAGACAUGGAUGCAUGUCUUGUUACACAUUUCUUAUAUGGACUUGUAGCUAAAGGCGAUGAGUAUCGUGUCCUUAGAGAAUCUGCGAAGCAACACUGGGAUUCUAGGACAUCCUACUUUCAUAGGGCUGCUGCAGCUUAUUCAAAGGGUGAAAGGCAAUAUGCAGCUUAUUUGUCUGACCAGGGGAGAGCAGAAACUAAAUUUGCUCAAGAAGCUGAUAAGAAGGCUAGCAUGGACAUCUUUAAGGCUAGGAACAAGGAGAUAAAAAAUGUGGUAACCAUUGAUUUGCAUGGUCAACAUGUCAAGCCAGCUAUGAAGGUUUUGAAACUUCACCUUCUAUUCGGAACUUACGUGAACUGUCACCGUUUUGUCUCAGCAAUUCAGGUACUCCGAGUAAUUACAGGGUGUGGGAGUCAUGGUCUGGGAAAGUCUAAGCUGAAACAAUCGGUGGUAAAACUUUUGGAAAGUGAACAAUUGGAGUGGAGCGAAGAGAACCGGGGCACUCUGCUAAUUAAGAUUGACGGAUGCAAAGAAUAUAGCUUUAUGGACACAGAUAGUGACCCGGAGUAACUCAACUUUCAAUUGCUAGAGUUCAGGCAGAAGCCUAUUAUAGGGCUUUUCUCUGAUUGUCUAUUUGUUGUUGUUCUCAUGUGACCACUGACUAGGGAGUUGGCUGCCUGUAGGGUAUAUCGUACCAAGGAAGGAGGAGGGGACAAAGGUCUCAAAUUAUGUGCAUAUUUAAUUAUUGUUAAGAUAGAAGCUCAUGUUUAUUUCCAGCAGAUAGGUAAUACUUGAAGUCUCACUUCAAAGUGGUUUAGGGACCGACUGUACCUAGAGCUAGAAAGAGCUGAGUAUAGGUGGAACUGAAUGAGUGUCUGUAUCUACCCCAGUUGUUGUUCAUGCCCUUGUAUCAGUCAUGUUCUUGGUGAAUUGAUGUGUGCUGUUGCACGGCAUUGCCAUUGACAUCGACGACGACAUCUUAAGUUAACGUCUUAAUGUUUCUAUUUGUUGUGAUAGUGUGGAGUUUUCCAGUGUAUGGCUUUCUCAUUCUGGAUGUCAUUUUCUUAAGUAUCAUGUGGCAGAUUUUUUGCAGGC